AUGGCUUUCAAGUUUGUUUUCGCUCUUGCCUUCGUUGCUGUGGCCAGUGCUGGCUAUGCUCCAGUUGUCUAUCAUGCCGCUGCACCUGUUGCUGACGCCCAAAAAGUCGUCGUCAAGUCCGAGGAAUACGAUCCUCAUCCUCAGUACAAAUUCAGCUAUGGUGUUGACGAUAAAGUGACCGGUGACUCAAAGAGCCAAACUGAAGAACGUGAUGGUGAUUUUGUUCGUGGUGAAUAUUCUCUGAUUGAUUCGGAUGGUUACAAACGUACCGUUCAAUAUACCGCUGAUGCUGUCAAUGGUUUCAAUGCUGUCGUUCAACGUGAACCUUUGGGACAUGCUGUGGUGAAGACUGUUGCCCCAGUUGCUCACUAUGCUCCAGCUACUGUUGUUAAGACCCACUAUGCUGCCCCCACUGUGGUAAAGACUGUGGCUCCAGUUGCCCAUUAUGCCGCUCCCGCUGCUGUCGUUAAGACUCAUUAUGCUGCUCCCACUGUGGCUACCUAUGCUGCCCCUAGUCACUACCAAUCAUACGGUGCACCAGUUUACAAUUACCAUCAUUAAGUCA